AUGGCUUCAAAUGCUCAAUUCGAAGAAAUGGUCGCUAUGAUGAACAGGGAGCGUGAAAAGGAGAAGAAGAAGCUGUUUUACGCCGAAGAUGAGAAGACAGAAACUGCCAUAAAAAACGAUUGGGGAUUUCUCGUCAAUCCCAAACAACGCAAGGAGGAUGCCACACCCUUGGCAUCAGUAAAAUAUAUGUCCAAGACGAAGCUAUAA